AUGGCGACAAACAAAACUCAAGAGAAGCUCGCGUUCAACUUGACGUGCCACUACUAUGCGACCCCUGGCGAGAUUGAAAAGUGCUGCGACUCGCUUAAAAUGUACUUGGAGCUCGAGAAACAUCGAAAGAGUCUGUCGGCGUGGGAGCUUCUCGCCGUCAACUUCCACACAGAUGGAUCAGACAUGCCAGAUGCAACUAUACGGAUCGUCACAUUUGGAGUCAGGUUCAUACACAAGAGUAUGACCCUGGAUGACUUAGGGCUUGCGAGACGUACAUUUCGGGAUACUGUCGAUAUCGUCCACAAGGCGAUGAGAGCACUGGUCACGGCAAGCGUCAAGGAGCGCGCCGACCCGAAUAGCAGUGCGCAGAAGGCUGCUGUAAAGCUCAUCAAGUCCUACAUGGAGGUACGAGAUACCGUACUCGGAACAAACGUGUCCCCAAUGUCCAGCCGCCAAGCCCUACGAGAGACGUGUUGGAGAGUCAAUGGUGCCAAAGGCAACACAAGCCCGCUCUGGAACGUGUUUUGUUCCACGUCUAUGCUUGAAUGCACAUCGCUUCAAAUCGAUAUCGACUUGGCGGUCUACACGAUGAAGAUCAUUGCACGCUGGUACGGCGAACUACUGCAGCUGUUCGAGAUGUCUAUUCGGUCUGAAGAGAUGAAAUCCCAGAUUAUCAAGGCAGCACGUCUGAGCAAGUCUAUGUCUCAGGCAUUGGGCGGGGAGAAUGCUGAUGUGAACGGCGUGUUCAUAACGUCCGACGAGUUAAAGAGAAGUCUUGUCGGUGAGCAAGACUGGAAUAUUGAAAAGACAACUGUCGUCGAGAUGGAGAAAGCAUACAAGGCGGUGCGCGGUGGUGUGGACAACCAACAGCCUCGCAAACGGAGCUGGUGGAGGAGGGUACUGAAGGCAGUUGGUCAACUGCGGCUAUUGGCCAAGGAGUUCAUGCUCAUGGCGAACAUUCAGAACAAAUGGGCAGAUUUAGAGGCUCUGGCGAAGAAACCGGGAGUGGACAUAUCCGAGGUCAACAAAGUCACAGGGGCUAUCGACAUGGUAAACCUGUCGAGGUAUAGAUGCGACCACCAUUCUGUGGCGGGCACAGCUUCCGGGGUCCGGCACAAGAACCCCGCCACCUCGCUAUACGCCGCUGCCUGCCCAGAAAUAAAGCGGAGGCCCGGGCUCCAUCCAGCAGACCCUUCGUGCAUCGAGCGUGGCGCUGAAGAGCUCGCGCCGGCUCUCUAUGGACACCCAUCGCCUCUGGUAUGCCAGGCCUCGUUGCUUCAACCCGACAUUUCUCCAUGUGAAAGGCAGCGGCAAAGCGCGCGGCGAGGGUCCUGGUCUUGGUCACGAGGCACGCUUGUGCUGCACGGUUCAGGCGAAUGGAAGCCGCUGAGGAAGGAUGUAAGUCUGGCACGACAUCUGAUCCGCCGUGCUGGUCGGGACGGCAGAAGAGCGCUAAUAGGGGUCGCGUAG